AUGUCUCUUGCAGUCACAUACAUGAGAGAACGGUUCGUUCAUAUCAAAACCAAUUUCGACGAAGAGCUUCGGAAGGAUAUCGAUUCCCAUGUGUGCGUUUUCCAAGUCCCCAGCUCCCUCAGCUCUGCCAAGCCUCAGGCUUAUACCCCACAACUCGUCGGCUUAGGACCCUAUCACCACCUUCAGCCUCAGCUCCUGGAGAUGGAACGAGUCAAGCUUGAGGUCGUGAAGAAGCUCCACAAGGAGUCCAGUGGCUCGAGCUUCAUCGAGCUCACGAAAAAGCUCACUGAUUUGCACCUCUAUGUCCGCUCGUGUUACCACAAGUUCUUGGACAUCGACGAUGAGAUGUUGUCGUGGAUCAUGACCGUGGAUGCGCAGUUCCUGUUCCAUCUGCUCUGCCAGCAUGCCAUCGGCAAGAAGAAACUCGAGUCAUCGCCUUUUUUGCUUGGCCUAGCCGACCACGCGGGCAAGAAGCUCGCCGAGGAUGCCAUAGUGAGGGACGUCAUGAUGUUGGAGAACCAAAUCCCGAUAUUCUUCUUGGCGAAGAUGGUGACGGUCACAUGCACGCCGCUAGAAGUUGCCGAGCGGAAGACAGUCGAAGAGAACUUCCCCCACAUGCUGGUGGGGUUCUGCAAAUCUCUCUCGCCGUUUAAAGAGACGAUAGAUUACCCUGUCGACAAAGCCUUGAAGCGUGCGCAUUUGUUGGAUCUUCUUUAUAGUAUGGUCGUGAAGAGAGAGGACGAAUUCAAGAUUGAUAUACCCGCUGAUAUCUUCAAAAUCGAAGAACUUAAUAAGAUUGAGGAACCUAAGUCUAAUAAUGAAGGGCGCACUACGCCUCAGCCUCUGGAUCUUAUAGGGGAUAUGCUCAUAAUUUUACAGUCACCGAAUUUACCUUUCACGGAUAAAAUUAGACCCCAUGCUAUGAUGGUGCAAGGCAUUAUGAAAAUCCUUUCUCAGCAAAUUGGAGCCUCUACCCUCGAUUCAUUCGGGCACGAAGAAGCUCCCCCUGAAGAGAAGGGAUUGAUCCCAACAGCGUCCUCUCUCGCCAAAGCGGGCGUGAAAUUCCGCAGAACGAAUUACAUAGAAGACACAUCGUUCAACGAGAAAACGCACACAUUUCAACUUCCCACGAUCAAACUUGGCGUCAACUCGGAAGUCGUGAUACGGAACUUGGUGGCAUAUGAGGCGAUGGCGAUCUCUGGUCCCUUGCUGUUCGCACGCUUCAUGGAGAUCAUGGAGGGCCUGCUCAACACCCCGCAUGACGUGAAGUUGCUCAAGAAACACGGUAUCGUCACGGGCCAUCUCAAGGACGGCGAAGUGGCGCGUCUGUUCAAUGGCAUCAGCCACUCCAUCGAAGUGCACGGCCAUUCCCAACUGGACAAGACGAUCAAGAAAGUCAACGACUUCUACAACGCUGCGCUGAACAUCAAGACCCAGAACAUGAUAGAGCGAUACGUGUAUGACGCUUGGAAGGUCCUGGUGAUGGUGGCGACCGUCCUCUUCUUUCUGCUCAUGGUGCUACAGACUUUCUGCUCGGCUUACGGUUGUUCGAGCCUAGUCAGAAAGACAAAAUGA